UUAAUUUUAUUAUUUUUAAUUCAUAAUCGAACUAUUUAUACAGUAAAUGUAAUUGUACAUUGUUUUAUGUGAGUUUCAAAGUGAAAUAAAAUGUUUUUAUAGAGAAGUAUUAAACGUAACGGAAUACAACGGACGGUAUAUUUACCUAGGUAACAACAGACAAGGAGCCGAACGGCCACAGGUGGGUAACAUGUUUUAGUGACAAUAAAUAUUAAAUAAUUUUUAAGUUAAAGACGAUGAAUAAAUUAAUUUUACAAGUGAUUUUUAAAGUGUAAGUGAAUUAUGUUUUGUUUUAAGUGAAAACAAGUGUUUUUUGUUUUUUUUGGGUAGUUUUGCAAUGUUAAUCGUUAUUAAUCAAGUGACAAUCAAUAAUAAUAUGGAGGAAAAGGAAAGAUUUAGUAGAAAAUUGAUGACAAUGCCAUUUUAUUCGUUAACUUAUUGUGUCAUAAUACAAUGUUUGGUCAUAUUCGUUUCCUUGGUAAACAAUUGCAAUGCAGAUUCAUUGCAAGCUCCACGAUUUACAACACAACCGUCAUCAAGUAGCAGUAUAGUAAGUGAGGGUCGAACUAAAAUACUUCAGUGUCAAGCACUUGGUUAUCCACAUCCAAAAUAUCAAUGGUUACGAAAUGGAGAACCAUUACAGCCUGAAUUUACGAGUGAGCCAUAUUACAAAAUUUUAAAUACAAAACGAUCAGAUGCUGGACGAUAUCAAUGUGUAGCUAAAAAUGAUGUAGGCUCGAUAUUUAGCGAAGAAAUUCAAGUGACUGUCGCAUAUAUGGGAACAUUUGAGGAUUUAACUGAAAAAUCUAUUAGUGUGGAAUCUGGACAUCCUGUUAUAAUUGAUUUACCCCCAAUUGAAUCAAAUCCACCACCAGAAGUCACGUGGGAUGCAGAAGAUCGACCACUUCCAUAUGAUAUCAAGUAUGCGGUUACGCGAGAUAACCAGUUAAUUAUUUUAUCGUCAGAGGAAAGUGAUGAAAAAGCUUAUAGGGCAAGAACGAUAAAUACGCAGUUGGGGAAAGAGGAAUAUAGUGCAUACGUUCGAGUUCAUAUCACUGGUGAUCCCUCUAAGGAAAUUGCCCCAGAAAUUAUUGUAAAGCCACAAGACACAACCAUUAUUAAGGAUCAGCAAUUGGCUGAAUUACAUUGCAUUUCUAAUGCAAGGCGUCUGCAUGAAUUGGAAACAUUAUGGCUAAAAGAUGGUAUCUUAAUCGAUAAUUCUGGUGUUAAUUAUAAUUUUAAUGAUAUUUGGAACCGUACGUUGGGGAUAGUGUCUGCAAAUUUAACGCAUACUGGCAUUUAUACGUGUCAAGUACGAUUAAAAACUGGCGGAUUUCCAACAGUGACAGCAUCAGCCAAAAUUACGGUACAUGAAAAACCAUCAUUUUUAAAUCGUAUCAAAUCAGAAACACUAGGAGAUUAUGGAACAGCAAUCACUUUGCCGUGUGACGUUAUUGGAGAACCUCCACCAAAUGUUAUGUGGUAUAGAAAUACAAUAAAUGUUGAAACCCUGCCAGGAAAUAGAUACUUAAUCCAAGAAGAUAAGUCACUGCUCAUCAAAAAACUAUUAAUGGAAGAUUCUGGCAUGUUUCAAUGUAUUGCAUCGAACGAUGCUGGUCAAGAUUCCGAGUACACAUGGCUCAAAGUAAAAACUUCCAUACCAAUAAUGGAAACUCCUCCACAUAAUGUGACCGUUUUGGAUGGAAAAGAUGCUACAAUAUAUUGUCGAGCUGCUGGAGCACCCACCCCUAACAUCACAUGGAUAUAUAAUGAUGAAUUUCGCAUUGAGGUGACAGGCCGCGUACAAAUACAUGAAAAUGGUGAUUUACUGCUAGCUGCUGUACGUGAAAAUGAUGCUGGCAAGUAUGCGUGCACUCGUGCUAAUGAAGCAGGAGUUGUACAUGGUGAAGCAUACUUAACAGUGUUAGUUCGAACACAAAUAAUUCAACCUCCAGUGGACACAUCAGUUUUACUUGGACACACAGCAACCUUACAAUGUAAAGUGUCCAAUGAUAAAUCUGUCCCAUAUACAAUCGAGUGGUAUCAUAAUAAACAAUUAAUGGUUUUGGGGAAUAAUCAACGGAUCCGUCUUCAUGAAGAUGGUACUCUAGAAAUCGAAGAUGUUCGCGCUGCCGAUGUUGGCGUCUAUACGUGUACUGUGACAUCUCCAGGAGGGAAUGAUACACGAGUCGCUAAACUGAAUGUCAUUGAAUUACCAUUUGCACCCACAAAUGUUCGAGCCACACGAAUUGAUGGUUUUACACAACGAGCGAUUAAUGUUUCUUGGACACCUGGAUUUGAUGGAAAUAGUCCAACCAAACAAUUUAUUAUACAGAAACGAGAAGUUCCAGAAUUUGAACUUCUUGCAGGUCCAAUACCCGAUCCAUUAUUGAAUUGGGUCACGGAAUUGAGUAACGUAUCGGCGUCACAGCGUUGGGUACUUUUAACAAAUUUAAAAGCAUCAGCAGCCUAUCAAUUUCGUGUUAGUGCUGUAAAUAGUGUUGGUGAAGGUAGUCCAUCAGAACCCAGCGAGGUUAUUUUACUGCCACAAGAGGCUCCAUCCGGACCUCCACUUGGAUUUGUGGGAUCAGCAAGAUCUUCGUCUGAAAUAAUCGUACAAUGGCAGCCUCCAUUAGAAGAACAUCGGAAUGGACAAAUUUUAGGCUAUAUUAUUCGAUAUCGAUUGUAUGGAUAUAAUCAAAGUCCAUGGAAGUAUCGGAAUAUCACCAAUGAAGCUCAAAGAAAUUUCCUAAUUCAAGAACUUAUUACAUGGAAAGAUUACAAUAUCCAAAUUGCUGCAUAUAAUAAUAAAGGAGUGGGGGUGUACACAGAGGGUGCAAAAAUUAAAACAAAAGAAGGGGUACCAGAAGCCCCACCAACAAUAACAAGAAUUGAGCCAGUAAAUUCAACUGCUAUUGCGUUGUCAUGGAAACCUCCAAAUCCACAAAAAAUUAAUGGAAUUAAUCAAGGUUAUAAAAUUCAAGCAUGGCGUUGGGAUAAUCAAAAUGGGGAAAUGGUUGAAGAAAAAAUGAUGACUGUGCAUCCGAAUUUAUUAGAUCCACUUGCUGAGCAAUCAGCAAUUAUGGCUGGUCUUCAAAAAUUUAGUGAAUACAAUAUUACAGUUGUUUGUUUCACUGAUCCUGGCGAUGGUGAACGAAGUGAACCUGUUGAAGUUAAAACUUUGGAAGAUGUUCCUGAUGAAGUCAGCAGUUUGCAAUUUGAUGAAAUCAGUGAUCGGGCAGUCAAAGUAAUUUGGUCGAAACCACGCCAGACAAAUGGAAUUCUUAUCGGUUAUCAAUUAUCCUAUCAAAUUAAGGAUAACCCAGAUUCCAUCCGGACACAAAAUUGUUCAGCGAACAUCACAAGCUUACGCAUCAAUAAUUUACAAGCAUCAACUCACUAUAAAUUUGAAGUUACUGCGUGGACAGCUCAAGGUGCAGGUCCGCCAAAAGUUGCUGUAAUUCAAUCAGGAGUUGAACCUGUUUUACCAGAGCCACCAUCAAAGCUAGCGUUAUCAAAUAUUGAAGCAUUCUCAGUGGUGUUACAAUUCACGCCAGGUUUUGAUGGAAAUUCGUCCAUAACGAAAUGGACAGUGGAAGCUCAAACUUCACGAAAUACUUCAUGGUUUGUGAUCUUUGAAAUAUCGGAUCCGGAUGCGAAAUCGAUAACGGUAACUGGAUUAGUACCUUUUAUGGUGUAUAAAUUACGUUUGAUUGCUACAAAUGUAGUGGGCUCAUCAAAGCCCUCGGUUUCAACCAAGGAAUUCCAAACUAUUCAAGCCCCACCAUCGCAUCCACCUAAAAAUGUAACAGUUCGGGCGAUGAGUGCAACUGAAGUUCGUGUACGAUGGAUUCCUCUCCAACAAAUUGAAUGGUACGGAAAUCCACGUGGCUACAAUAUCACAUACAUCGAAGUUGGGACUGGAAAAAUUAAUUAUGUAGCCAUUGAAGAUCCCACAGCAAAUUCACAUGUUUUAGACAAUCUCGAGGAAUAUGCACUUUACGAAAUUCGUAUGCAAUCAUGCAAUGACGUCGGUAGUUCAAAAAUGAGUCGGAAAGCUUUAGAGCGUACGCGGGAAUCAGUACCAUCAUUUGGACCGUUAAAUGUUGAAGCAAAUGCAACAUCAUCGACAACCAUCGUUGUAAAAUGGAGUGACGUACCGAAAGAACAUCAAAAUGGACAAAUUGAAGGGUUUAAGGUGUUUUAUGGAGCUAAUUUACGGACAUCGUUUCAAUAUAAAUUAAUUUCAAGCAACACAACUUUUACGACCACAUUAACAGAGUUGAAAAAGUUUGUUGUCUAUCAUAUUCAAGUUCUGGCAUUUACACGGCUUGGAGAUGGCGUGUUAAGUACACCACCAGUUCGAGUGCAAACUUUUGAAGAUGCUCCGGGUGUCCCAUCAAACGUUUCAUUUCCUGAUGUAUCAUUCACAACAGCUCGUAUAAUUUGGGACGAACCCGAAGAUCCAAAUGGAAAUAUUCUAGCAUAUCGUGUAAAUUAUCAUUUAAAUAGUAAAACCAGUUAUAAUUUUUCACGUGAAUUUCCACCUACAGAGCGAACUUACAGAGCAACAGAACUGGAACCAGAAAAUUAUUAUAUGUUUUCUGUAACGGCUCAAACAAAAUUAGGUUGGGGUAAAACGGCACAUGCGCUAGUUUAUACCACAAAUAAUCGUGAAAUACCUCAAGCUCCAUCAAUUCCACAAAUUAGUCGAAGUCAAAUACAAAGUCAACAAAUUACAUUUAGUUGGACACCAGGUCGAGACGGAUUUGCUCCGUUAAGAUAUUAUACGGUUCAACAAUCCGAAAAUCUCGGUCCAUGGCAAACAAUACCCGAACGUGUUGACCCACAAGUCACAGAAUAUACAGCAGUGAAUUUAAAACCAUUUACAAUUUAUCAAUUUCGUAUACAAGCAACAAAUGAUAUGGGUCCAAGUAGUUUUAGCAAAGAAUCUAAAGAAGUGCGGACUUUACCAGCAGCUCCUAGUCGUGGUGUAAGCGAUUUACGGGUUGUACCUAUCACAACAACAAGUGUUCAAGUACAUUGGAGUGCAAUUGAUGAAUUAUUCUGGAGUGGUGAUAUUGAAACGGGUGGCUAUCGAAUUGUCUUCCAACCUGUAUCCGAUUUCCCUACUGCGUUGCAAGCAACACCCAAGGAGGAAGUGAAAGGAAUCAAAAAGGAUAAAAUUAUACUGAAAGAUUUAAUACAGGAUCGAAAUUAUGAAAUUGUCGUGAUUCCUUUUAAUUCGCAAGGUGAUGGACCUCCAAGUCCACCAGUUACAGUCUAUGUGGGUGAAGCUGUGCCUACAGGAGAACCACGCGCGUUUGAAGGUGAAGCUGUAUCUUCUACGGAAGUACGUUUACGAUGGAAACCACCACAACAACAUAUGCAAAAUGGUGAAUUACUGGGCUACAAGAUAUUUUAUUUAAUGACGAGUUCACCACAAGAAAUCGAAAAAGACAAGAAAAUCGAAGAAGAAAUUGAAGUGAUACCAGCCACUUAUACAUCGCAUAGUUUGAUAUUCCUAGACAAAUAUACUGAGUAUCGUGUUCAGAUUCUAGCAUUUAAUCCUGCUGGAGAUGGCCCACGAUCACAGCCGAUUAUUGUUAAAACAUUACAAGGAUUGCCUAGUGCACCGAUUAAUCUUACAUUCAGCGAAAUUACAAUGAACAGUUUAAUGGUAUCAUGGAAUCCGCCCAAAAAACGAAACGGUGAUAUUAUUGGAUAUUUGGUAACAUACGAAACAACAGAACAAAAUGAACAAUUUAGUAAACAAGUAAAACAAAAAGUAGCGGAUACAAAUUUGUUAAUCCAAAGUUUAGAAGAAGAAAUUACAUAUACGUUUACAGUACGCGCCCAAACUAUAGAUUAUGGACCCGCAAUUACAGGAAACGUAACAACUGGACCUCAAGAUGGUUCACCAACAACUCCAAAAGAAUUAACUAUUGAUAAAACUGUUUCAAGUGUUGAAUUGCAUUGGAUUAAUGGAGCUACCGGGAAAGGGCCAAUUUUGGGUUACUAUAUUGAAACGAAGAAGAAAGAUGAUGGACGUUGGCAAACUGUAACGAAGACAAAUAAUGGACCUGUCCAAGAAUUUACGAUUUCGUAUCAAAGUCUCUUGCCAUCUACAUCAUAUACGUUCCGAGUAUUUGCAUACAAUCGUUAUGGUAUUAGUUUCCCAGCGUAUUCUAAAGUAUCCAUUUUGACUCCAUCUAAAUUGUAUAUGGAAUAUGGAUAUUUACAAUACAAACCAUUUUAUCGGCAAACAUGGUUUAUGGUCGCACUUGCAGCGGCUUCAAUAAUAAUUAUUAUAAUGGUUAUAGCGGUGUUAUGCGUUAAAAGUAAAAGUUACAAAUAUAAACAAGAAGCACAAAAAACACUAGAAGAAUCCAUGGCAAUGGAUAUCGAAGAUCGUCAAGAACUAGCUAUGGAAUUAUAUCGUUCACGACAAUGCUCGGGAGGCUUAACAUUACCCGGAGGUGGUAAUUCAUUAGGAAAGCGUAGUACACUAAGUAGAAAAUCCCCCCAUCAUACGUUACCUCCAAAUGCAAAAUUGACAAAAUCACCUCCACGUCCAAGCCCUGCAUCAGUUGCAUAUCAUAGUGAUGAAGAAAGUCUAAAAGGAUAUGAUGAAAAUCCAGACGAUAGUAGUGUUACGGAGAAACCUUCGGAAAUUAGUUCGACAGAUUCACAGGGAUCAGAAAGUGAAAAUGAAAGUGUUCGCUCGGAUCCACAUUCGUUUGUUAAUCAUUAUGCGAAUGUAAACGAUUCAUUGCGACAGUCAUGGAAACGACAAAAACCAGUACGGAAUUAUUCAAGUUAUACAGAUUCGGAGCCAGAAGGUAGUGCGGUUGUCAGUUUAAAUGGUGGACAAAUUGUUAUGAACAAUAUGGCACGAUCGCGUGCUCCUUUACCGGGUUUCUCGUCGUUUGUAUAAUACGAGUUUAAAACUUCGUUUUAAGUCGGUUAUGUUUUCAUAAAGUUUUAUUUUAGUGAAAAUUUGCUCACUUGUCGAAGUAAAAUUGUAUAUAGAGAAAAUUUGAACGGCGUUUGGAAGAUCGUUUUUGGUGUUAAAAGGUAGGUAAUUAUGAACACAUCAAAAUUGUUAAUUAUUUUGGACUAGUCCAAAAUUACACAGAAAUUGUAAAUGAAUUUAAUUUUAGACAAGUUCCAAAAUUAUAAUAUAUAAAUUAUUUAUUUGAAUUUAAAUGGCACCAAUUUUUGAAAAUUCACGAGAGUCAGAAAUUCGUAAAAUGUUAAAAGGAUUAAUUUUGAAUAUUUUGAAAUUAAUUUUAAUUCCAAUUGAGAUACGCAUAUUUUAUUGCGAUUAAAUAAAAAACGCUUUAAAUAUGGAUCGAUUUCGUGUAAAAUCGAAUCGAAAACAAUUAUUUAUAAAAUUAAAAAACGGUAUAUUAUUUAAAUUUUUCAUUUGUAAAAAACCGUACACAUGGCAAAAACAUGUGAAAAAAACGUGAAAUUUAGGAAAAUACGGAUGAAUGCCGUAAGGAGAUAUGAUGCUUAUACUGCAUAACGCCAUGUGUUUUCCGAAGCCGCAGGGAAGAAACGUAGGCGCUUAUUUAUUAUUGGCAAGGACAAAAUUUAAAUAAUUAUAAAUCAAAUCCAUUUA